AGCUCGCCUGUUAAACGGACGGUCAGCGGGCACACGAUGGCAGGGCGACUCCAGGUUACAUUGCUCCAACUCGUCUGGGGGACAGUUUUACUGCAGCUUGCUUAUGCGCAGUGUAACAGGGCUACGUUCGGGUCAGACAGCUUCGUGUGCGUGUGCAGCGGCAGCAGCUGCGACUACAUGAGCGAUGCACAGCGGCCCAAUGACCCAUCCUACUUCACCAUCGUCUCCACCGACAGGGACAACGCCAGACUUGGCGUUGACUCAGGACUCUUGUCCCCCACCCAAAACACGAAUGGGGUGAUCAUCAACGUUGACCUCAGCGUUCGCUACCAGACGAUGAUAGGGUUCGGAGGUGCCUUCACGGACUCGACGGGCAUCAACGUAGCGAAGCUCAGCGCCGAGACGCAGGAAUCGCUGCUGCGUUCCUACUUCGCUCCUGAAGGCAUCCGUUACAGCCUCUGUCGCGUGCCCAUCGCGGGGUCGGACUUCUCCACCAGGCCUUACUCCUACGAUGACGUCCCUGGCGACGUCAACCUCGACAAUUUCGCCCUCGCCGAAGAAGAUUACUUGUACAAGCUGCCGUUCAUGAAGAGGGCUUUGGAGUUGGUGAGCGGAACGUCCGACCUGAAAUUCUUCGGCUCGCCGUGGGCGCCGCCGGCGUGGAUGAAAACAAAUGGCAUGGCGAACGGCUCAGGCAGUCUGCUGCCAGAGAUGUGGGGCCCUUAUUCCAACUACUUUGUCAAAUUUAUAUCAGCAUACCAAAACGAAGGCGUUCCAAUCUGGGGAGUCACCACUCAGAAUGAGCCAAUGACCGGAUUUUACGAUUGGCCGUGGAACACGUGCGCCUGGACAGCGGAAGAUCAGCGCGACUGGAUCAAGACAAACCUCGGUCCAGCAUUCGUAAACGCCGGGUACGAUGACGUCAAAAUAAUGGUACUCGACCACAACCGGGAGUUCCUGCCUGACUAUCCUGCGGCCAUACUGACGGACCCAGAGACAUACAAGUACGUUGACGGCAUCGCAGUUCACUGGUACUCCGACAACAACGACUACCCCGACAGACUGACCAGCACCCACGACCUCUUCCCCGACAAGUUCCUGCUAUACACCGAGUCAUGCAAUGGAUUAGCUAAAGAUGGGAACGGUAACAACCAGUUCGGCAGCUGGCAGCACGCACAAGACUAUGUGGUCAACAUUCUUGACGACGUGACUCACUACUCGACCGGGUGGGUGGACUGGAAUAUGGUACUGGACAUGCAGGGAGGACCAAGCUGGGUCAGCAACUUUGUUGAUUCUCCCAUCAUCGUUAAUGCGGCGGAAGACACUUUCUACAAACAGCCCAUGUUCUACGCCAUGGGACACUUCAGUAGAUUCGUGCUCCCUGGAGACGUGGCAGUUCGCAGGUGGAUCUCCGAUGAAAGCAAGAUCAGAGUCGCGACGUUCCUGCAGUCGGAUAACACAGUUGUUGUCGUGCUCAUCAACAUGGCCGAAGAAAAUGUGUCGAUUUCACUACAGCCCAACCCAGCUGUGGACAUGUACGCCAACAUGGAGAUCCCUCCGAAGUCUCUGCACACUCUCCUCUUCGCCAUCUAACUCCGCAACAAAAUAUGGUUUAUCAAAACUAAUAUUGAGCCUUUCAGUGGACCCUGCAUUGAUAAAGUUGAAUAAUUAGGACACAAUCUUAUUAUAUUUGUCACGUUCAGAAUGAUUAAUUUUCAAUAAACACAUACUUUCCGA